AUGGAAAAUCUCAUGCGAACAUUUCCGGAGAGAAGUUUCGACGUGACGAACUGGAUAGAGGCCUGCAUCGGCCUGCCACUGUGCCUUCUCACCAGGAAGACGCUUGAUUUAGAAGGCGAAGAAGCAGUGCUUCGCACCAGGAAUUGCUGCUGCAGUUGUACACAAAGACGACCCUAUGCUCAGCUAACGCUGUUGGAAGAACGGUCGCUGUGCUUUGGAACUUGCGCAGCUAUCAACUCAGAUUUGGCACCAAUGAACGACAAAAACGAAGGUGGCAUUGUUCCUGGAUGUGGAUGUUCUCGUUCUUUGGUUCAGGAGAUUGUUCAAGAGCUCAACCUCAGGAAGGAUGGCCGCGGAAAGAUUGCCCAAGUUCGACAGCAAAAGUUCAUGCUUGACAAAAUCGGUAAACUGGCUCUUCAAGUUCCAAUGCUCUUGAAGCAUUUUGGCGUCACAUAUCCUCCAGAGGAAGCGACUUUGCAACGUGUUUUCGCACAAGCCACUCCUGUCGUCCGUCCUUUGUCGGAAGUUGCUGUCACUCAGCAACUUCACGAUUUUGAAACCAAUCAAUACGAUGUCACUUGCUGCUGCGAAUCAUUGUUGUGCACCACGAAGCUGCUAGAGUUGGCACCGGACGAGGCAGUCCUCACCACUCGGCAAUACAUCACCGGCAGUGUUGUGACCAGCAGGGUCCCUUACGCAAAUAUUGAAUCGGUGGAUUCUGUGCAAUCUUGCGCUUGCCUGUCCCAGUUGGAAGCUGGAGAGUUAACAAAGCCGCCUGGCAGACAAGGCCAUAUGCCCAUACAGCCAGGAUUUGGCUGCAGCCGAAGCCUUGUAGAGGCCAUCCGGGCUGACUUGCAGGCACGAGUGGAUGUCAGGGGAAACUUGGGUCAAAUCAAGCAGCUGGAGCAGAUGAUGCACCGAUUCGAUGACUUCGCUACAGAGUUUGCACUGAUUCUGGACAAGCUUGGAGCUGACGCUUCCUAUCCUCCUUUGCAGGAGACCAUGCGUCAGCUGUAUGGAGAUCAAGCCCCUUCCACCAUCCCUGUUGGAACACAUUCGCUGCCAAGCCGAGUCUUCGACACCGCAGCUUACAACGUCCGGAACGAUGUCCUGAAUUGUUGCUGCCUUGCGCUGACAUGUGGAAUUGCAGGGUGUACCUCGCACUCUUUGACACUGGAAUCUGAGCAGGCGGUGGAACGCAUUAGCAAUAAUUGUAUGAGCUCUAUAGAUCGCAAGCCGUAUGCUCAGCUACGAGCUGUUGAUGAAGAGAUCUGUUGUUGCUGCCAUGGGGUGAAUGGUUGGUUUCCCGGAUGGUGUGGCGAUACACGCACGGUUCAGGAGAUUGCCGCUGAAUUGCAGGCGCGCAAAGUUGGACGAGGCAACAUUGCACAGAUCAGAAAUCAGGAGAACACAAUGGUCAAGGCUGUGGACAUUCGAUCUGAUGUUCUGUUGAAGCAGCAGGGCUUACAGUAUCCACCGUCUCAAGAAGCAAUGACAGCUAUGUACGGAGUGCAGCCACCAUUGUUGCCAUCGGCGACGGCAGAAGCGGGCCAAGGCAUCCAUGCAAGCGCUUCUGAGCAAAUGCCAACCAGGAAUUUCGAUAUUACAAGCAUGUUCGAGCGAGUGUUCUGCUGCUGUCAGACAACGCACUUGGAGCUCAACGAUGAAGAAGCCGUAUUCAGGAGGAAGAGUUGCUGCCUGAAGGCCGUCCGCCGAGAACCGUAUGCUCAACUGGGAUCGGUGGAGCCUGCACAACUUUGUUGUGGUGUAUGCGUCAACGUGCACACAGACCAAAACAUGGUCUGCCCUGGGUGUGGUUGCAGCCAUGACAAAGUUAGAGAAGUUGCGACCGAGUUGCAGAACAGAAAGGUCAAGCGCGGCAACAUUGCGCAGAUUCGACAGCAGGAGAAUUUGAUGGUUGAAAUCAUCAAGCUGGGGAUCAAAGCCGACAUGCUCAUGCACAGCGAGGGCGUGCAGUACCCACCAACGCAGGCGAAAAUGAUGGAGGCAGGCGAUGCUUUCCAAGUUGUUGGACCUCGUGGAAGGCCUCACGUGAUCCGGUGCUGCUCAUGA